GGAAACCUGACCAGCUCAGGGAAACCCGCUUUCCAGCGUGGGAAAAGGCUGUAGGAUAAGCUUUGCUCCUACAGGUUGUAGGCUGCAGGCUCCUGGGAAAAGCCCGUAGGAAAGCAGCUCCCGUUUACGGUAGCAGGAGGCGUCGUUUUACAGUAGUCUGGAGCCUGGCUGGCUGCUGUCCCGUCCCGUCAGACGCGACGCCGGGUUUCCUCUGCCGUGCAACGACGGUGGAGAGAGACGACGCCUUCCGGCUGAUGACUGGUUGGGGUCAAGAGGAAUUCGGAAUCAGGAAUCCGUCUCUUCUUCUGUCACUGAAGUUUCUCGCUCUGGUUCUAGCAGAGAGGGGAAACCUUAGUCCUGCCGUCAGCAUAGGCGGAAUUCCACGAGGCGGAAUUCUAAGAGGCGGAAUUCCAGGAGCCUAGCCUCGGUGUAGACCAGCUGACGUGGACUGCUGCUCCUCCAUUGCUGCUCCAUUAGCUCACGGUCGAGUCACGGUGACCGCCUAGGACAACGGCCCGGCUGACGGCUAAACGGCUAAAUCGGUGUCUGACUAAGUGGCGCGGCUAAGACUGUCUAGCUUUCAGGAGUCGCCGCGAGAAACGCCAGAAGAGAGCGUCUCGCUUCGCGCCAUAGUGCGGCAUUGCUCGUCGCAUUGACCGUCGCAUUGAUCGUUGCAUUGCUCGUCGCAUUCUUCGUCGCAUUCUUCGUCGUACUUUGAAGGGCGAUCCUAGCACUACUAGUGGCAAGAAAUGGCGUCCGACGGCGCGGAGGAUUCGUUCCUCCUGGAGCUGCCAGAGCGGCUUGCCAUCCUGCCGUACCGCAACCGCGUGCUGCUGCCGGGAGCUAUCGUCCGCAUAACGUGCUCGGACCCCAGCAGCGUGCGGUUGGUGGAGCAGGAGCUCUGGCAGAAGGACAAGCCCGCUCUGAUCGGAAUCGUACCCGUUAUAGAGCCUCCCGGCUCGUCCGACGCCACUGCUACUGGCAGUUUCGGAUUAGCUAAAACCGAGGAUACUGCUAAAGGAAAUUCUGGUGCUGAAUCCGGUGCUACUGGUGGCAAUGGCAAGCCGGGAGGACCAGCAGGGCCUGGAAUCACGGAGGGGAGGAUGGAAGGGGAAGUAGGAACAGGAGGAGAGAAGGAAGGGGCAGGAGGGAGAGAAGGGAAGGGAGCGGCAGCAGGGAGGGCAGUGCGGGUGUGGGGCCCCAGUGGGCCAGAGGAGGUGAGAGGACCGAUGGGGAAACUGCUGCUGGAAGACGUCAACUGGCAUCCCAGGGGCGUGGCUGCUCGUGCUCUGCACGUGGCCAAGGGCGUGGAGCGACCCACUGGCCGAGUGACCUACGCAGUGGUGCUGCAGGGCGUGUGUCGCUUCGCCAUCCAGUCCAUCAACUCCCGAGGGCCAUACCAUGUGGCCCGGGUCUCACAGCUGGAUGCGACGCCACAGGAAGCGGAUCGCAUACGAGGGGAUGAUGAGGUGCGGCGGCUGGGAAAGCAGCUGCUGCGCGUGGUGGAGGAACUGGCACGGGUGAUGGAGCAGGAGAACCAGCGGCAGGUGUCAGGGCUGCGCAGGGUGGCAUCCGGCGUGCAGGGAUCAGCGGGAGCAGUUCAGCGCCUGGCGGACGUGCUGGUGGCGAGUGUGGAGGGCGGGCUGGGAGCGCGCCUGGCGAUGCUGGACGCGGUGGAUGCGAGGAGACGGCUGCAGCUGGCCGCUGCUGUCAUUGCCCUGCACCUGGAGAAGCUCCGUGUGGUGCAGCAAGGCGGCAGUGGCAGCAAGAAGAAGCCCUCCCCAGCCAAACCCUCCUCCUCCAAACCGCCCUUGCUACAGCUAGGCCCCCCUCCAUCCCCCUCCUCCUCUGCUUCUGCUGGGGGGAAGGGGGGUGGUGAGGGUGAGGGGAAGGACCGUGGGGAAGCAGAGGAUGGGGAGGAGGGGGAAGAGGAGGAGGAGGACGAUGACGAUGACGAUGACGUGGCAGUGCUUGAGAGGCGCAUGAAGGAAGUCAAGAUGCCGCCCAACGUGUGGCGCCACGUGCGGCGCGAGCUCAAGCGUCUUCACAAGAUGCAGCCCCAGCAGCCGGGCUACAGCACAACCCGCCAGUACCUGGAGCUCCUCAGCGACCUCCCCUGGGGAAUCUCGUCCCCCGUUGGGGGUCCCGGUGGUGCUGCCGCUGGCAGCAGUGCGUUGAUAGACGUGGCAGCAGCGAAGGACCAGCUGGACCGGGAGCACUUUGGGCUGGAGCGAGUCAAGCAGAGGAUUCUGGAGUACAUUGCGGUCAGGAAGCUCAAGCCAGACGCCACCGGCCCUGUGCUCUGCUUCGUCGGCCCUCCUGGCGUGGGAAAAACCUCCCUGGUUUCGUCGAUCGCCAAGGCUCUGGGACGCAAGUUCGUGCGCAUAGCGCUGGGAGGGGUGAAGGACGAGGCGGACAUCAGGGGGCACCGGAGGACGUAUGUAGGGAGCAUGCCGGGCCGACUUAUCGAGGGAGUCAAGCGCGUGGCAGUGAACAACCCGGUGAUGCUGCUGGACGAGAUCGACAAGACGGGCGCUGAUGCCAGGGGCGACCCUGCUGCUGCUCUGCUGGAGGUGCUGGACCCCGAGCAGAACAAGUGCUUCCAGGACCAUUACCUGGGAGUGCCCUUUGACCUCUCUCGGGUGGUCUUUGUAGCGACCGCCAACCGCUCAGCACCCAUCCCAGCUGCUCUGCUGGACCGGAUGGAGGUGAUCGAGCUGCCGGGGUACACCCCCGAGGAGAAGCAGCGAAUCGCAACGUGCCACCUCAUCCCCCGCGUGCUGGAGCAGCAUGGCAUCACCAAGCGCCAUCUUCAUAUUUCUGAUCACGCAGUGGAGAUCCUUAUAACCCGCUACACCAGGGAGGCGGGAGUGAGGAACCUGAGCCGUCUGCUUGCAGCGCUGGCCCGGCACGCUGCCGUGCAGGUGGCCCAGUCCAAUCGCUGCAUCCGUGUGGCCAGAGAGGUGAGCCCCGCCCCUGGGACUGCCCCUGGCUCUGCUGGUGCAGCCGGAUCUGCUGGUUCCUUGCAUGGCAGUGGGGGAGCUCUCACCACGGCUUCAUCCGACCCGCUGGCCACGGCAGCUGCAGUGGGAAACGCCAAGGUCGAGCUGGAGAUGGGCGUGGAGGCAAUCGGAAUGGAGGGCAAGGAGGUGGCAGCAGUGAUGGCAGACUCGGACCCAAUCGAGGUCACUGAAGAGAUGCUGGAGAAAGUGCUCGGGCCACCAAAAUUCGACGGCAAGGAGGCAGCAGAGCGCGUGGCAACGCCGGGAGUGGCGGUGGGGCUGGUGUGGACGGCGGUGGGAGGGGAGGUGCAGUUCGUAGAGGCCACAGACAUGGUGGGGAAGGGCGAGCUGCACUUGACGGGGCAGCUGGGGGACGUUAUCAAGGAAUCUGCCCAGAUCGCACUCACCUGGGUCCGCGCCAGGGCAGCAGAGCUCUUCCCACCACCAGCCACCGCCGCUACCUCCUCCUCUGCCGCCUCCUCCUCCCCUCUCUCUUCCUCUCUCCCGCCCUUCCCCCCGUCAGACCACCCCUUCGACGACACCAUACCCGCUGCUGACCACCUCCCCCCUCUUGGCCCCUACGGUGCUGUCUCCUCCUCCCCCGCCCCUCGUCCUGCCAUCGUUCCCACCAUUAUGCCUUCCUCCUUCGCUCCGCCUCCCGUUUUUGCUGCCAAUUCUACUAGUGCUACUGCUGCCGGUCCUACUGCUGCUGGUGGUGUGGCUGCUAGUCCUGCUGCUACCGCCACCUCCGCUGCUGCUUCUCCUCUUGCGUUCCCAUCAUUUGCUGGUGCGACACAGACAGACAUCACAGUGAGGAGGAGCAGCACUGGGCCCAAGAGAUCGGCCAAGAGCCAUGGGGCCAUCAUGGGCCCCGGUAUCGCGUCUGCUAGCACCGGCAUCCCCAGCAUCACUACCAGCAGCGGUGGCAACAGCAACACCGCCAGAACCGUGCCUCUCCCUCGCAAUCUCAUGGAGGGCCGAGACAUCCACAUCCACUUCCCUGCAGGCGCUGUACCUAAGGACGGCCCUUCAGCCGGUGUUACGCUGGUAACCGCACUUGUGUCUCUCCUCUCCAACCGCUGUGUGCGGUCCGACACGGCUAUGACGGGCGAGCUCACCCUCAGGGGCUUGGUGCUGCCUGUGGGAGGGGUGAAGGAGAAGAUUCUCGCUGCCCAUCGCUGCGGUAUCAGGCGGGUCAUUCUGCCCGAGAAAAACAUCAAGGAUCUCCAGGAGGUGCCAGCUGCUGUGCUGGCAUGUAUGGAGAUCCUUCCAACCAAGCGUGUGGAGGAGGUCCUCCAAGAGGCGUUUGAGGGCGGAAGUCCCAUCGGCCCUCGUAGCCGUAUUUAAAAAGGGCGGGUCAGACUCAAUCGGGCCUCUUCAUUAAUUAGCAUGCUCCAUCUUUCUGGAGCGUAAAAAGCAAGCGCGUGAUUGGUUGCAUUUGCUGUUCAUACCGUACAACCUCGAUAAUUCCUUAACAAUGACCGUUCGUUCACUUUCAUGUUGGUGACUUUCUCCACUUGCCAUAACCAUAUUCGUGCCCCAACCUGGAAACAUUUAUUGUUGUCUAUCUACUCUUCUCCUUU